GCGAGUCACUGACGUCAGAUUGGAGCGUGUCAGCGGCCAUGGCGCGUCCCAAUAUAAGCGAGCAGCCGACCGUGGCAGUCCGUCAACACAUCGAGCCAGGCGGAGGACUCUCUCUCUCACACACACACACACACACACGCACACACACACCCCGGAACCUGCAGCGAUGCGUCACUCUCUGUUCCCCCUGUGCGUCCUGGGACUCCUCGCCCUCUCCUCCGCCUGCUACAUCCAGAACUGCCCCCGGGGAGGGAAACGAGCGCUGCCGGAGACUGGCAUCAGACAGUGCAUGUCCUGUGGCCCCGGAGACAGGGGCCGCUGCUUCGGCCCCAGCAUCUGCUGCGGGGAGGGCCUGGGCUGCCUGCUGGGCUCCCCUGAGACCGCUCACUGUGCGGAGGAGAACUACCUGCUCACCCCCUGCCAGGCAGGAGGGAGACCCUGUGGGUCCGAGGGAGGACACUGUGCCGCUUCAGGACUCUGCUGUAACUCAGAGAGCUGUGCGCUGGACUCUGACUGCCUCGGGGAGACCGAGGCCUCGGAUCCAGCCCGUGGCUCUGCAGGGAGCUCGCCUGCCGAGCUGCUGCUCCGCCUGCUGCAUGUGACCGCCAGAGGACAGACCGAGUACUGAUACUGUAUCUGUGGAGGUUCCUUCUCCUCCUCGGGGGCCUCGAGGUGCAACAGAAAUCCAUCAGCUCCAACUAUAACCAAUAAAAUACCUAGUCAAACUUUGUUCUCUCUUAUAAACAUCUUCUGCUCAGCUAAUUUAGUAUCUGUAUAAAGACAGACAGAGCGCUAUAGCUUCAACAUGUUUACUUAUUGGCCACUUCUAUCCCGAUCCUAGGGAGAUUUCAUGUUUGUUCCAACCAUGGAAAUGUAUAUACUAAUGCACAUACUGUAAACAAAUCUACGUGUGAGUGGAUAUUACACGCCUCAGAACAUCCAUGGGUAACGGCUGAAUGAUGACGCUUGAGCAGUUUGUUCUUCUGUAGUGGAGAUAUUAUUGAUUAAUAAAAAAAUGGGAGAAACAAUACAGAAUA